AUGUUGACUGCAUGGAGCAGGCUUUUUCCGUGUACGAUAUAUUCUGCACCAACCAUCUAUCGCAGCCAGCCUUACCGUGCUAUCCAUCGCUCUUCGAAAGCUAUCCUACUACAGCGAACUACGCUUAAACAUUUUAAAACAAUGACCACAAACGUACCAGCAUCAACAAAGCGUUUCAAGGACGACCAUCCAAGUACGGGUUCUAGUGAGGGUGUGAAAAUCGGUACCCACGAUGGCAUUUUCCACUGUGACGAAGUAUUGGCUUGCUUCAUGUUGCAGCAACUACCGCGGUACGCUUCGGCCCAAAUCAUUCGAACCCGCGAUAUGGCCAAACUAGACGAGUGUGAUAUCGUGGUGGAUGUUGGAGCCAAGUUUGACCGGGAACAUCACCGGUACGAUCAUCACCAGGGAGAAUUCAAUGAAACGCUUAAGUCUCUUCGCCCGGAAAUGAGUGUGAAAUGGGACAUACGGCUCAGCUCGGCCGGUCUUGUGUACACGUACUUUGGCGAAGAAGUGAUCAAGCAGAUAUUAAAAGACAAGCUGGACAUGGAACCGACCGUCGAAUGUUUACGGGCGAUUUACGCAAAGGUGUACGAUGGGCUGAUCAGCGAAAUCGACGCGAUCGACAAUGGUGUGCCAAUGUUCGAGGGUGGAGAACCACGGUACAACAUUUCAACGCAUCUUAGUGCACGUGUUGGUGCGUUCAAUUCACGAUGGGACGAACCAACGCCUGCGCCCGGCUGUUUGGAGCGUUUCGAAAAGGCCAAAGCAUACGUUGGGCUUGAAUUUGUCGACAAAGUUACGUACUAUGCGUGCAGUUGGUGGCCUGCCCGCGAUAUCGUGUCGAAAGCGUUGGCCAAUCGGUUGGCCUUACACGAGUCGGGUGAAAUUCUUGAGCUGGAGAAACCCUGUCCCUGGAAGGAACAUCUUUACCAGCUGGAACAGGAGCAAAAACUUGUCGGAACGCCGAAGUACGUUAUAUACUGCAACAAGGAACACGAUUGGCGUGUUAUAUGCGUUCCAGUGCAACCGUCCAGUUUUGUGUGUCGCAAGUUCCUAGCCAAAGCGUGGUGCGGUGUUCGAGACGAGAAUCUAGUGCGCGUGUCAGGCAUUGCGGGUUCGAACUUUUGCCAUCAGACCGGAUUUAUUGGUGGGAACAAGACGCGCGAAGGAGCGCUGAAAAUGGCAAUUGCCAGCCUAACGGCACCGAAUGAAGCUUAA